AAAUAAAAUAUUUUGGUAGACAUUAUGAUGUGUUUAUUUUAAAUAUUUUAAAAAGAUUUAUCAAAUAUAAGUUUUAAAGAUCUUUUUAUUGAAGAUUUCAAAAACUAAACGAAAAACGUGACAAAAGUAUAUAGAAGAUUGUGCGCGUUCAUAAAAAAAAGGAAGCGUGUGUGCAUAAAGGCUCGUCAUUCCCUACAAGAAGAAAAUCUGGUCUUUCUGUUUUAUUCCAUUGGUGGAACGGUUCUCCAGUUCAAAAAAAGAUAUCUAAAUGUGUUCCAUAGCGAUGCCAGCUGAAUUGCUUCUGGGGCAUAGUCCUCCAGUGUAUAGCUCGCUGCUAUACAGUCCCUUGGUGGUAACGGCACCGACAAUUACUAGCAGGUCGGUACCACCCAGGAUAAGGCCAUGUCUGUCAUCUGGUUCCUUGGCCAUAAACAAUAUUCGAAACAAUAAUGACGGUAGUAAUAAACAAAAGAAAAGAGUGGUGUUUGCCGAUGACCGUGGCCGUCCUCUUACUCAGGUACGUGUAAUGUCGGAACCCAGUAACGUGCCACCUCUGUGGAGCACAGCUUACUUGGCAGGAUUAACAGGGCGACUUUUAAAUUCGAAAAUUGAGAAUGAUCAAUCUAUAGAACUUGUGUCACCUUGGCAAGUAACUUUCCCUCAACCGGCGAGCGAUUAUUUAGCCUUCCGUCAGAAACUCGAUCAGGAGAAUGUCAGCUUGGAAAACGUGAUAGUGAAAGAGUCGGAACAGUGUCUAGUAGGUACCAUCAAGGUACGUAAUCUGGCGUAUGACAAGGAAGUCGUGGUCAGGGUGAGCAACGAUUCUUGGAAGACACACGAGGACGUUCAUUGCACCUAUGUUGAACAACCGGGUUCUCCGGCCCUGAUUCUUUACGAUACCUUCCGCUUCCGAUUAACUCUACCAUUGAAAUCAAAUGUGAUAGAAUUUUGUGUACGAUAUCGAACCGAUGGGAAAGAAUAUUGGGAUAACAACGAGGGAAAGAAUUUUAUCGUUCGAAAAAAGUUAGAGCCACGAGCACCACCCAAACGAUACGAUAUUUUGACAACGUGCGAUGGCUUUUCAAAGAACAAUAACCGAGAUAGUAUACCACGGAUCACAGAUGCAACCAAAGCGAACGUACGCACGUGGAGCGAGUUCGCAUCCUGGCAGCAUCUUGCAAAUGAUGCUCCAUACUGGUGAAUUUUUGUCACUGGUCACAAACGAUGUACAAAUGUCGUACGAAUUCUUCCAAUCUAUCUGAUUUAACGAUCACAAGACGUAGACCAUGCGGGACGAGGUGGCAAUAUAUCUACGUAUACACAAGAUUAUCGUACGAAAACACGUGUAAUAUUCACACGAUAGCGUAUAAGUGUAAAGAUGGACAUCAAGAUCAAAGGAACGUAGAAGAGAAUAAUGACAAAAGAAGGGAAGCGAUGGACUGUGAUUUAAGUUCAAAUUAUAAAAGAAUAUGCUUUAACGGAAGAAAAAGAGACAUAAUCAGAGGUCGAUAGCGCGGAACAGGCGAGAAAGGAGGCACUAGUCGCGUUACAUUUAUGAUUGCAACGUGCAGAACAGACAUAUACAGUGUACAGGAACUUACACAAUCGUAUAAGAGAGACAAUAUGCAAACAGAUGUACAAAAAAUCAUGGAUCUAGAUUUGAUGGAUGUUUGUUCUGAAGCUUCUCCAGAUUUUCUACCAAUUUGUGGUCAUCAUAUAUCUUCUCGUUCAUCGUCUUCCUUCUUUCCUCUUCCUCUUUCCUGGAACUUGGCUGCCAAGAGCUGAGGAUGUCCAUUAAGAUAAAUUUCCACCUUUGAAUUGACCAAAUCUCGCUGGUCUCGUCUGUUCCUCUUUUUCUUUCUUAAUAUUAUCUUCUUUUUCUCUAUCUCUCUGUAUUUCUUUUUUUUGUUUCUUUUCGACGUACAAACUUGCACAAUUGUGUUAGUAGAAUUUUUUUUAAUGGGAUGGACCAAGGGAUCUUAAAUAAAUAACGCAGGAUAAAAAAAAAGCUCAGAAAAUAAUCAAUUACAUGAAGUGAAAGAUUAGAAUUAAAAGUGUGCCGAAUGUGGUUUCAAAUGGAAUAAUUAUUACAAUUUAAUAUUAAUUGUUGUAAUGUAAAAUAACAUAACAUUUUUUGGAUCGCUUAUUUUUUUUCUUUUUCUUUUUUUUUUUUUUUUUAGAUAUUAUUUUAUGUAAAAGUUUAAAUGUCAAUUAAAAUGUUCCAAUCAUAAUCGCUUAAAAUAGAAAAAUAAUUAUAUGGAAAAAUAAUAAUUUCCGUUAGUGUAA